AUGAACGGCAUCAAAAUUACAGUGCUUUUCGGAGAGACAACUGUUGAACAACAGCACGAAUGUUACACGCUUGCAGCAAGCGCAUGGGGAUCAUACCUCGAUGAUGACGAGGUUGUCGCAAAAGAGAAAUACCUGAGGACCCAAUCUCUGGCUCGCGAUGGCGGCUGUCGAACAUGGUGCCUCUACCGUCAGGACGAUCACAGCCAGGUGAUCUCGACCUGCAAGACUUUCCGCAGAGACUUUCUCCUAGGCAGCACAGAGGGUGUAAGUGAAGCUAAAGGGAGUUGCAUCACUUCAGUAUUUACAGCUCUACUAUACCGUGGCCAUGGUCUUGCUUCCUAUAUGCUGCAGAACGUUGCGCAAUGGCUCGACGGCCCUGGCGACGUUGUCGUCAGUAUGCUUUAUAGCGGCAUACCACACUUCUAUGAGAACUUGGGUUGGACUACGCUACCUAACACCGAGAUCAUCUUGAGUAACAACCCAUGGCUUCAGGAUGUCCUGGAUAUUUACGCUGACCUGAAAGUACGGUCUUUGAGCGACGCAGACAUCAAAGAGUUAUGCGCUCAAGACAUCGGAUUGCUCAGAGCAGAUAUACAGUUUACAGAUAUCAAUCCCAAGAGAAGCAGACUGACCAUCCUGCCAAAAGCAAACCUAGUAAGGUAUCAACACGCGUUUGCUGAUUUUAUGGGCGACCUCUUGCACUUCAAUGCACCUCAGAACCGAGGGGCCGCCUACGAAGACCAAGCGCGGCUAUACUGGUACCAUGACUUCAGAGGUCGAUGCCUUUACAUUCAACGCGUCCACAAUGCCAUUCAAGAAGAAGAGAGAGGACCGGAUAUCAUAGCAGCACUUCUUUUAAGCGCGUUUCGGGAGACAAAGGGAUGGAAUUUCACCCAAGUUGCUACUUGGGAUACCAGUCUUGAUGUUCGUCACGCACUGGAUAAGCUGGUCAGGCAAGUAUCUUCACGAGAUCCGUGUUGGAGAGCCACGGAACGCAAAGAAUAUCUCUACACUGGCGGAGCAGCGAGAAGACAGUGGCCAACGUAG